AUGAUCUUUGUGAUUGAAAUAGUCCCCGUCAUACUAAUUAUGUAUCUACCUUUCACACUCAGCGAAUGGAUUUCUAUUAUUGAAGGUUCGGAUAAUGACUACGAUGGCCGUGUAUGUGUGUCGGAUAUUAUCACAAUUUGUGGCUCGUUUCUUACGUUACGAGAAGAGACUAUUAUUUUUGUCCACCAGUCUGUAAAAGAAUUUUUACUCCGAGAAGCACUGAAUGAUAUAUUUCCUGAAGGUAUAGGAGCUAAAACCCAUAAGAUUGCAGAACGCUCUCUUGGAUCCAUGUUCAAGAUACUUCGACCUGAUAGUAACCAUCUCGAAUCUGUCGUAUAUAAUGAAAGCCGUGGCUUGAUACAAAGAUACCUUCACUGGCUUAAGGCGCUCAGCAUUCUAGAAAGCGUCUCUCAUAAGGGAAGCAAGCUCGUAUUAGGGUCUAAUGAUAAGAUAAUUAGGAUCUGCUAUUCAACCACAGGUCAGACCUUGUCAACUCUCAGGGGCCAUGAUGGCCAGGUUACCUUAAUUUCCUGGUCGCCGGAUAGAAGCCGACUUACAUCGCCGUCUGAUGAUAAGACAAUUAGGAUCUGGGAUAUAGCCCCCGUCAGAGCGUAUCGACUCUCGAGGGAUAUAGAGAUUCGGUUAUCUUUAGACUUCUGCAAGACCCAAUAUAACCCGGACCAAACCCGGGAUGGGUUGGGUUCAUUCCUCUAA